AUGGCAGUUAGGGAGGUGAUAAAACAAAAUCGGGUGUGUCUCGCCGCAAUCCAAGAAACAAAGCUGGGUAACUCUCCAGAAUUUCAGGUUAGAAGUAUUUGGGGUAGAAGACCUGUCGAGUUCGAUUGGGUAGUGGCGGAUGGUAGAUCGGGGGGUCUGUUAACAAUGUGGAACCCAGGCUUUUUCAAGCGAAUUUCGUCAGUAAAACACCGUAAUUUUCUGGUAGUCUCCGGUUUGGUUGCUCAGAGGCUUGGGGCCAAACGUGAACUAUGGUCUAUAAUCUCGGAUACAAUGGAAUCUUUGAAUGGGUGGUGGGUGAUAAUGGGGGAUUUUAAUGCCGUCCGCAAUUCGAAUGAACGCCUCAACACGGAGUUCAGUCAGUCGUGUGCAGAUGCGUUCAACUUUUUUAUUCAAGAUAAUGGUUUAUUCGAUAAUUUUUGGAACAAAUGGCCAGACGCGUCGGUUACAGCUUUGCCCUGGGUUACAUCGGAUCAUUGUCCAGUGAUUUUAUCUACUGGUGCACAAAAUUUUGGAGCCAUACCGUUUCGUUUUUACAACUCUUGGUUGUGCAAGCCGGAGAUAGAUUCGGUGGUUGUUAACGCAAUUUCAAAUCAUCCGGGUGUCGGACCAGCGGAUGUGGUGUUGGCGGGUAAACUUUAG